CACCAAUCAAUACUAAUAGAUAUUUAAGGAAUAAAAUAAAAUAAGAUGAGAUUGGGCUAUGCAUUGUUACCCAUGUCAUUGUUGGCUUCUGGGGUGUCUGCUUCUUCCGAUGAAACUUCGGCUGCUUUCUAUCAAUUGAGCACUCCAAGUCUGGCAAGAAGUCCUGUACUUGAUACCAAGGAAGCACUCAUUUACUUGGCUGAUAAAUAUGAUGUUUCCGAUUAUUAUAACUUGGGAGAUAAUGAAGAAUUGUUUGACUUACUUUCUAAUGAACGUGAAAAGCAAACAAAUGACCAAAAAUCAAAAUUGAUCGCCGUUAUUAAUGGUGUUGCCCACCCAAACACUCUUUUCUCUAAGAAUGGAAUUAACCCAACCAUCAAGAUUAACAGUGAUGAAGACAGUACUAAAUCCUUGGUUAACCAAGUCCUUCAUCGUUUCCCAACUCAAUAUGCCUCAUUGAACCGUGGUGUGGAAUCGAACAAAUUAACUGAAGAAAUUGUUUUAAUUUCAUCAACUUCAUCUUCAAAUGAAGCUUCAGUUGAACAUGAAUUAAUUACUCAUUUUAAAUUUUUCAAUGAAAAAUUACUUAGUAUCUGGAAAUCUUUCAAGACUUCCACUAUGGAAAGAAUUGGUCAUCAACAAGUUAUUCAAGAUAGAAUUCAAAACCCUUCCACUUUGGAUGUUAUCAAUGAUAAAUUAUUUAUUAAUGACCUUUCUCAACUUAUUCACUUGAAGAAUGUUGAACUUAACCCAGAAAAUGAAAAUGUUUUGUUUAUUAAAUUAAACUCAUUGGCAUCUCUUGGUAAGAAGGCUGGAUUUAAUUCUAAAACUUUUGAAUUUUCAUCCCAAGUAUUGGCUGAUUUCUUAGUCGAAUUAUCUAACGUUUAUGAACUUGACGUUCUUGUUACUUCUGACCAUCUUUCCAAGGAAGAUUUAGAACAAACUAGAAACUCUGAAUUAUUCAAAAGAUCAAAGGAAUUGGAAGCAAUUUUUGAAAGAGAUCUGGUAAAGGCUUCCAGUUCUGGCUUUUGUUUCAGCUCAGAAGAAGCUUGUCAAGCUUCAACUUCAAACUGUAACUCCCAUGGGGUAUGUAGCAAGGUGAAGUCUAAGUGUUGGUCAUGUUUGUGUUCCCCUACAUUUGACAAGAAGAAGUCAAAGACUACUAGAUGGGCUGGUGUUGACUGUGGCAAGAAACAAAUUUCUUCAGAAGCAAAUUUGUUAUUGUGGACAGGUGUUGCCUUGUUGGUUUUGAUUGCAGGUGGUAUUAAGUUGUUGUAUGAAGUUGGCACAGAGUCGUUACCUGGUGUUUUGGAUGCUGCUACUUCUGUUAAAAAGACUACAUAAUUAACAAGGUCAAGAUUGAAUCCACUUUAUAUUUUAAAUAAUAAGUUUACGAGUAGUAUCUCGUAUCUAGAUUUUUAGUUCAAAAAUACACUAUAUAUAUAC